AACAGACUCAUGAAGGAGAAGGUCUUGCAGGACAUCCCCCGGUAUCUCAAUAUCGUGAAGCUCUUCACGAAGUGGGAGCUCAUUGAUUGGCGCGGAUGGGAGGCCUCGAUGGUGGAGCUGCUGAGGACUGGCGGCCCGGACCUCGAGUCCCAGUCGACCGGUGUGUUUGAUUCCGAAGCCGGGAAUAAGCGGUGGACUGACCUCAAGAACAGAGUUGUCGAACACAACAUCCGAGUUAUGUCCAAAUAUUACAGUCGUUUGCGAUUAAAGCGAAUGUCGGAACUUCUUGGACUCACUCCGAAGGAGACGGAGGACGCGUUGAGUGUAUUAGUGGUGAACAAAACGAUUUGGGCGAAAGUGGACCGAUCCCUGUCUGUCGUCAACUUCUCGGCCCAGAAGGACCCGAACCAAGUGCUAAACGACUGGUCCCGAGACCUGAACUCAUUGAUGCAAUUGGUCUGCAAGACGAACCAUCUCAUCAACAAAGAGGAGAUGAUUCACCAGAACUAUAGCCCACCGCAAGUCGACGCCAACAACUGA